CAUCUCCUCCAAUAUCCCCUUUCUUCACCUCUUUCCUCUCAUCACCACCCCCUUACAUCUCUCUCCGACACUUCUUCUCCUUCACUCUCUCUCCUUCUCCAUGGAAUUACCCAUCAAGGCCACCGGUUCCCCCGGCGGUGGCCAGAAAAUUCAGUAUAGGAUAGAAACCAAGAAACUCUCUUACCAGUUAUGUCCACCGGUCCAUGAACUCAACUGGGUCUCCUGUUGUGGAACCUCAAAUGGUUCUGUAAGGCAAAGAUACAUUCUGAAGAAUGUAGAUUGUGUAGCAAAUCCUGGAGAGAUCACAGCCAUUGCUGGUCCUAGUGGAGCUGGGAAGACCACACUUUUGGAGGUCCUUGCAGGGAUGGUCCCACACAGUAGGAUCUCAGGUCGUGUUCUAGUCAAUGAUCGGCCAAUGAAUUCUCAAAGUUUCCGGCGAAUUUCGGGUUAUGUCACCCAAGAUGAUGCUCUCUUCCCUCUGCUUACAGUUGAAGAAACACUUCUUUACAGUGCUCGUCUAAGGAUAUGUGGUGAUCUUAGUGUUGCUGUGGCAAGAGUGAGAGCUCUAAUUAAGGAGCUUGGGUUGGAGCGAGUUUCUGGGUCUAGAAUUGGUGGAGAUUGCUCUCGUGGUAUCUCCGGCGGCGAGAAGCGGCGUGUCUCAAUUGGUGUUGAAGUAGUCCAUGACCCAGCGGUGCUUCUGAUCGAUGAACCAACCUCAGGAUUGGACUCUGCUUCGGCCUUUCAUGUUACAAAUCUACUUAAAUCUAUGGUGGUUAAUCAAGGUAAGACAAUUGUCUUAACUAUCCAUCAACCCGGGUUUCGAAUUCUUGAGCUUUUCGAUCAAAUUGUAUUGCUAUCGAAUGGAAUUGUUCUUCAUCAUGGGUCUUUGGAUCUUCUUGAAGAGCAGCUUAAGAUCUCUGGCCAUUGUAUUCCUCGGCAUGUCAAUGUGCUUGAGUUUGCCAUUGAUGUCACAGAGACCCUUGUUGUACAGAGCUGUUUGGUUACUGAAGAUCAAGAUAACAAGGAAGAAGGACUAGAGAAACAAGAAAAUAAAUUCUUCUAUCCAAAUUCGCGAUUCGAGGAGGUUUUAAUUCUAGGCCAGAGAUUCUGCAACAACAUAUUUAGGACAAAGCAGCUAUUUGCAGCAAGAACCAUCCAAGCUUUGGUGGCUGGGUUUGUCCUGGGGACCAUAUUCAUGAAUGCUAGGAAUAAGAAUGGCCAGAUCAGUUUACAGACUCGAUUGGGAUUCUUUGCUUUCACUCUCACAUUCUUGCUUUCCACCACAACUGAAGGGCUACCAAUUUUCUUACAAGAGAGGAGGAUUUUGAUGAGAGAGACUUCUAGAGGAGCUUACAGAGUAUCUUCCUAUGUCAUAGCCAACACCCUAGUUUUCCUUCCUUUCCUAUUAACUGUUGCUCUUCUUUACACCACCCCUGUAUACUGGUUAGUGGGGUUGAGAAGGGAUAUUGAUGGGUUCCUCUACUUCUCUUUGGUGGUUUGGUUGGUGGUGCUGAUGGCCAAUUCAUUUGUGGCUUGCUUCAGUGCUCUGGUGCCCAAUUUCAUCAUGGGGAGCUCCUUGAUAGCAGGGUUUAUGGGUUCGUUUUUUCUCUUCUCUGGGUAUUUUAUAUCAAAGAAGAAUAUACCCUGUUAUUGGAUUUUCAUGCACUACCUUAGUUUAUUUAAGUAUCCAUUUGAGAGUUUCUUGAUAAAUGAGUAUGGUGGGGAGAAGGGGAGGGUAAGGUGUGUGCAAAGUGUGGAAGAAAUUUGUGGUUUGUAUGGGGAUGGGUUACUGAGGCAGCAAGAGUUGAAAGAGUCACAGAAAUGGAGCAAUUUAGGGGUGAUGUUAGGUUUCAUUUUUGGCUACAGAGUUCUUUGUUUUCUGAUUAUGUGGUACAGAUGCUGCAGGACCAGAAAUUAAGAAGUCUCCGUCACUCAUUGAUAAAAUAAAGAGGGGAAAAAAAUAUAUAUAAAUUGUGAUUUCCCCUUGCCUUGAUUUUCUUUAUGAUGAUUAUAAAGUAGUUUAUGAUUAUUUUUUUUUCCACAAAUAUUACCUG